AUGUCGAUGCCCCCUCCUGGUGAUGGCUUUGGCGGCCAUCAGGCUCAGCAAUAUGAUCAAUAUGCCGCCCAAGAUCAACAGCCUCAGCAAGGCUAUGAGGACCCUGCUGCCGCCCAGCAGCCCCUCGACCAAGGCCCCAAGAAGAAGAAGCGAGGAUAUGCGGCUCAAGCCUUCGAGGUCGGAACUGGCGCCAACGCCGUCGCUGGUGGCCAGGCCGGCGCUCCUGCUCAGCAGUUCGGCGCUCCUCCCGCUCAACCAGGCUACGGAGGCUAUCAAGCUGAACCUCAAGCCGCUGCCCCCCAAGGCUAUCAGUAUCCUCAGCAGGGCUACGGCGCACAGCAACCCGCUGCUCCCCAGGCUCCUCAGUAUGGUUACCAAACUCCCGACCAAGGAUAUCCAGCACCGGGUGCCCCGCAGCCCGCGCCAGGAGUUGGUGGCAUUACCCAAGGUGUCGGCAACAUGAACAUUGGCGGGCAGGCCCAACAACCUCAGGGCGCUCAACCCCCUCGCCCUGCUGUUCUGAACCAGCUCUACCCUACCGAUCUCCUCAGCCAGCCCUUCAAUGUCUCGGAGCUUGACCUUCCUCCGCCCCCGAUCGUUCUUCCUCCCAACACGAGCGUUACUCCGUCCCCAGACGCCAACUGUUCCCCGCGAUAUUUCCGGUCGACCCUCAACGCCGUUCCCACAACCCACUCUCUCCUCAAGAAGUCCAAGCUGCCUCUUGCGCUCGUUAUCCAGCCCUACGGCUCUCUUCACGAUGAUGAGGAUCCCGUGCCUGUUGUGCAGGACCAGGUCAUCUCGCGUUGCCGGCGUUGCAGAACCUACAUCAACCCAUAUGUCACCUUCUUGGACCAGGGACAUCGAUGGAGGUGUAACAUGUGUAAUCUCACCAACGACGUUCCUCAGGCUUUCGACUGGGAUGCUGCUGCUCAGCAGAGUGUCGACCGAUGGCAACGACCCGAACUGAACCACGCCGUUGUUGAGUUUGUUGCUCCCCAGGAGUACAUGGUCCGCCCCCCUCAGCCUCUUAUCUAUCUGUUCUGUUUCGAUGUCAGCUACGCUGCCGUUUCAACCGGACUUGUGGCCACCGCGGCCCGCACCAUCCUGGACAGCCUCGACAGGAUACCGAAUGCCGAUCGCCGUACGCGCCUGGGAUUCCUGGCUGUCGAUUCUAGCCUGCACUACUUCUCGGUUCCCAAGGACACUGACGAGAACGGCGAGACCAAUAUGCUGGUUGUCAGCGAUCUCGACGAGCCUUUCCUGCCUAUCCCUACUGACCUGCUGGUUCCCCUGAGCGAGAGCCGUCAAAGCGUCGAAAAGUUCCUCCAGAAGCUUCCCGACAUGUUCCAGAACAACCAGAGCAAUGGAUCAUGCAUGGGAUCGGCCCUGCGUGCAGCCCACAAGCUUAUCUCUACCCUUGGAGGCAAGAUCGUCGUCCUGACUGCUUCUCUGCCCAACAUCGGUGUCGGCAAGCUUGAGAUGCGUGAGGACAAGAAGCUGCUUGGCACAUCAAAGGAGGGUGCUCUGCUUCAGACCUCCAACAGCUUCUACAAGAGCUUCGCUGUCGAGUGUUCAAAGAGUCAAGUGUCCAUCGACAUGUUCCUCUUCUCAUCACAGUACCAAGACGUUGCCUCCCUCAGCAACCUUCCUCGAUACACUGGUGGACAGACCUGGUUCUACCCGGGCUGGCACGCUUCGCGACCCGAGGACGCCCUCAAGUUUGCUUCAGAGUUCAGCGACUAUCUAUCGUCUGAGAUUGGCCUGGAGGCUGUGCUUCGAGUCCGUGCUACCAGUGGCUUGAGAAUGAACACAUUCUAUGGCAACUUCUUCAACCGAAGCUCUGACCUAUGUGCCUUCCCUGCCUUCCCCCGCGACCAGUGCUACGUUGUUGAGGUGGCUAUUGAUGAGAAUCUUACCAAGAACGUCGUCUGCCUCCAGGCAGCGGUGCUGCACACUACCUGCAAUGGCGAGCGUCGUAUUCGCGUUAUGACUCUGGCUCUUCCCACAACGACCAACCUGUCCGACAUGUACGCAUCAGCCGACCAGUGUGCUAUCACCACUUACUUCAGCCACAAGGCCGUGGAGCGGUCACUCUCAAGCGGCCUCGAUGCGGCCCGAGACGCACUGCAAAGCAAGGUUACUGAGCUGUUGCAGACUUUCAAGAAGGAGCUUGCUGGAGGCAGCAUGGGCGGUGGUCUGCAAUUCCCUGCCAACCUACGUGGUCUCCCCCUUCUGUUCUUGGGUCUGAUCAAGAACGUUGGUCUCCGCAAGUCAUCUCAAAUCCCAUCCGACAUCAGAUCAGCAGCGCUCUGCCUCCUGUCAACGCUCCCUGUACCCCUUCUUAUGCGCUAUAUCUACCCUCGUCUGUACUCGCUACACGAUAUGCCAGACAACGCGGGAGUUCCCGAUCAGGAGACAGGUCACAUUGCGCUUCCCCCUGCACUGAAUCUGUCAUCAGAACGGCUCGUGCCCUACGGCCUGUACCUUAUCGAUGACGGCCAAACCCAGUUCCUUUGGAUCGGCCGAGAUGCCGUGCCCCAGCUGGUGCAAGAUGUGUUUGGAGCGGAGGACCGAAGCCAGAUCCAGGUUGGCAAGGGCCGUGUACCGGAGCUGGAGGGAGACUUCAACGAACGUGUGCGGGCCGUGGUCCAGAAGAGCCGAGACCACAAGUCACUAGGUGUGGGCAGCACUAUAUUGCCCCACCUCUACAUCGUGCGAGAAGACGGAGAACCCAGUCUGAAGCUCUGGGCGCAAACCCUGCUUGUGGAGGACCGAGCCGACCAAGGUGUGAGCGCUGCUCAAUGGCUAGGCAUGUUGAGAGAAAAGGUUGUUCAGUAA